AUGGCUGAUGUUGUUGCCGAACUUAUCAACACGCCGAUCACUUGCGACAGUUUCCGCUCUGCCUCAGAUACUCGACAGGACCUAAUUGCCCCGCACCCAGUAACAGCUACAAUUCCAUUCCCAUUCCCAUUCCCAUAGACAUUCCCUUAACGAACCCUCCCAACCCAAACCCCAUUCAAGGUGAGCAAUGUAAAAACUUCCUGUGCACUCAUUUAG